UACUGCAGCAUAUCAGCUGAUUGUUGAUGGCAGACUGUUUAAGAGUGUCAGAGAGUGAUACGAUGGACCCUGUGGCUAAGAAAAGGAAGCAACCUCCCUUCACUGAAGCAGAGUUGUAUAUAAUGGUGACAGAAGUAGCAAAAAGGAAGGCGGUAAUAGUUGGAAGCUUCUCAGAGAUGGGUUUGACAAGGAAUUUGAGAGAUGCUGCAUGGCAAGAGGUGACAGCAGCAAUGGGAAGUGUUAGCCCCAUCCAAAGACUUUGGAAGGAUGUUAGAAAAAAAUUCAAGGAUUAUCGCUCCGAUGAGAUAAAGAAAAUGGCCCAACAUACAACUAAAAUGAAGAAGACAGGUGGUGGUCCUCAUGAAAUUUUAGCUCUGAAACCUUCAGGGGAAGCUUUGGUAGGAUUGGGCCUACUGGAGCAAGAAGCAGUUGAGGGGUUGGCAGAUAUUGAUGACAGUGAGGACCCAGCUUCACCUUCUGCAGGUUCAGCCUUUUCUGUAUGGAAAGCUGGAUGUAGUACUUCAGCUGCUACCACCUCGGCUGUUGCUAGCAAGCACAUGUCAGCAUUUCACAGCAUUGCAGAUGCACAACUCUUUGAGUUUGAUAUUGAUGAUGGCUCUGCAGAAGUGUUCGUCGCGGAUGAUAUCCCAAUAUCAAUUAUUGAAGAACACCAGUAUGUGCGGAGAGAGGAGCCAAGCCGCCCUGACGUUUCUGAUAUUUUUCAGGAUAUAUUGUUUAAUCAAAACGAAUUAAAUGAAAGUGUAAGGGUAAUAGCUGACAGCAUGGUAACAAUGACUUGAUAUCCUUAAGAAACAUUUUGCUAAUUUUUUUAUUUUUUUUUAAAGUGGUAGUACUUGUAAUAUAGUCUAUACAGUAGUAAAAUCUAUUUUUUUUUCAAACCAUGCCCUAUAUGUUCCUAUACCAUGGGUGCCCCUAAGGUGAUAAAUAUCAUAUACCUCUUCAUUAUUGAGAUUAGUAUUUUGUAAGUUUUUUUUAACAGUAAUGUGAUAUACUACCUCAUUGUCUUAAGCUAACCACUCCAGUAUUUAAUGAGGUUUAUUUUUUUAUUUUUCCUCCAUUAUAUUGUGGUACUUGUGAUCUCGUGUUAUUGUGAUAAGUUUAGUAGUUUUUGUUUAUUUACAAUGCUAUUAUUUUUUUAUUUUUCCUCCAUUAUAUUGUGGUACUUGUGAUCUCGUGUUAUUGUGAUAAGUUUAGUAGUUUUUGUUUAUUUACAAUGCUAUUUCAUGUUAUUUCUCUAAUGUGUCUAUAAUGCAUGUUUUAUUAUUUAUAAUAGUAUAAAAUGACACCUCUGUGAUCUCAGUUACCUCUACCUUAUUGUAAGUAUUUUUUUAUAGUACAUUUUUUUUUCUAAUUACAAUGCUAUUUCAUGUUAUUUCUCAAUUGUGGCUAUAAUGCUUGUUUUCUUAUUUAUCUUUAGUGUAUUAUUUCUUUCCUGCAGAUAAUGUACUAUGUAAUACACUGAUAUUGCUAUUAAGGGUCAUUCAGUGAUACAGUACACUGUUUGUAUCUAGGUAAUGUGAACAUCAAAUUCAUUUAUUUCAUAACUUACUUGUAUCUAGGUGACAUUUAUUUCAUAAUGUGAGUCACUGUAUGUAGUACUGUACUUAUCUCAGACCACCUUAACCUAUGUUAAAUGUGCCUUAUGAGUACCUGAAGAGAAGUGAUAAGCCAGAGAAAUUGCAUAUAUAUAUUUUCACCUUUGCAUAUAGUACAUAGUAUAAAGAUAUAUUUUCUGUGUUG